CUGGUUAAAGGAGAGCAGGGCGGGCGCAGGUAGCGCAGAUUCCCAGGGCUCUCGCUUGCUGGGGAUUGUAGCUGUUGGUUCCCUCUGGAUUUGAUCGCUAAGGCGCAAAGAUGGGCUGCUUCACUUUCCUCAAGGUUAUGAUGAUCUUGUUUAACCUGGCCAUAUUUCUUGGCGGAGGGGCGCUCCUGGGCGUCGGGAUCUGGGUGGCCGUGGACAGCAGCUCGUUCUCCAACCUAUUUGGCUCUACCAACGUCUUGCAGUUCGUGAAUAUCAGCUACUUCCUCAUCGUCAUCGGCGCCAUCCUGGUGGUGCUUGGCUUCCUGGGAUGCUGCGGAGCCCAGAAAGAGAGCAAGUGUCUCCUGAUCAUGUUCUUCUCCAUCGUGCUAAUCAUCUUCAUUGCGGAGAUCGCUGCUGCGGUGGUGGCUCUAGUCUACACGUCUCUGGUAAGUCAGGGGGUGGAGAGACCCCAGGAGGGGCAGGUCGGUGGGGCUAAUGCAACCGUGACCCCUCAUUCUUCCUCCUCCCCCCAGGUGAAAUGCUGCGGCUUGACGAACUACACGGACUUCACCGACUCUUACUACUACCAGACUAAUAACCACACAUACCCGCCCUUCUGCUGCGACCCCGUCCAUAGCCCGUGCAACAGGACAGGGGCAGAAACCAGCAAAGUCCAGGGUUGCUUCCAGCAGCUGCUGAGCGACGUCCGCCAGAACGCGGGCGUGGUGGGGGGCGUGGCGGCGGGGAUCUGUGCCUUGGAGAUUGCCGCCAUGGUCGUGUCCAUGUACCUGUACUGCCACCUGGAUAAGAAGUGAGGCCCGGAGAAGGCCGGCAAGUCCUUUUCCCUGGGCAGAAGAGGACGAAGGAAAGUUUUUUGUUUUUUUUAUUUUUGUUUGGCCUAAUUGUCUAUGUGAAGAAUCAAACAUUUCUGGGGCCCGACGCACUCUCUAUCCUCUACACUGUGAUUCGUUUUGAAAUGAUCUGAGAGCGGUAGAGCGCGCGCGCGUGUUUAUACCGCGCGAGCCGUCUCAAGGCCGUGUCGGUACGAACACCUCCGGAGUGGAAAGAGCUGCUCUCUCAUGCCGGAGCGACUGUGCUGAAAAAAAGACUGAAAAGCUGCAGACGCUCCGUAGUCUGUGUGAUCCUAGCCGGCCGUGGUGAGAACGAGCUAGGAGAUGACCAACCCAGAAGGCUGCUUGUACUAGUUUUUCCAACCCCGCUUGCUCCCAAGAUGCUUUGGCCCGGUCUGAGGGCGUAGGACGAGAUUCUCCCCGGUGAUUGGCUGGUGUCAAUCACGAUUAUGAUGGAGCUACCCCCAACUGACAGCAGAGGAACUGGGAUUAAGUGUCUAGAUUAGUGGAGAAGGCUUAGACAUCUCGGGGUGGGAGAGAACACCCCGCCAAACCGGAAAGGGCCGUUGUACUGUAAGCAUGGAAGCCAGAGGUACUAGCGUAGCCGAGGGAAAGGGCCUCAGACAGCUCUGGCCUUGACUUUCCCUGUCUUUCAUCUCUCUUUGGGGCCAGCAGGCCUGCUCCAGCAAGCCCCAGCCCCCCCUCGUCUGCUCCCUCCCACUGCAACGCACGGGGCCAGGUUAGGUGGUACACAGCCACGCUGGGACCUCACCAGGGACGUCCCCGGCAGACCGAGUCUGCCCUGUAUAUUUUUACACUGUGAAAAGGAAAAAUAGCCCAGUUAAUUUAUAAUCGUAGCUGUACAUAAUUUUCUUAUUGUCGAAUGGAAGUUUGCACAAGAGCUGUUCCAAUAAAACGCUUUGACUAAG